ACACAGUAUACACAACACACAAGGAUUCACGCAAAAUAAGAAAAUCCACGAAAAAAAACAAUUUGUGAAGAAUGAAGUGAUGGGCCGCGUGUGGGCCCGGACAAUAAAAUGCCCACCAACACAUUUCUGAGAAUAUCUCAGUUAGUUUUAUCUCUUUUAGUCCUCAUUACCGAUGGAGGUCGGAGUAAGAGAACUCCACUGAGUGACUUCGUUCAACAUUAUGAACCCCUCUCUUACUCUACUAGUAGUAUACAUAAGAGCCAUUUAAGGCAUAAGCGAGCUAUUCAAGAAGAUAAGGAGGAUGUUAAGAUUGUCUUCAAAGCUUUUAAUCAAGAGUUUAGCCUUCUCCUAACCCAGGAUCCGUCUAUAUUCCACAAGGAUUAUUAUGGAGAGGGUCCUGGGGGCGUGUCUUUAUCCCACCUUGACCACUCCCACUAUCACGGGGUGGUGGAGGGGGACCCGGACAGUCACGUCUACGGGUCCAUCAGGGACGGAGUGUUUGAUGGAGAAAUUAAAACCAAAGACGAGACUUAUUUUGUUGAACGAUCUCAUAGAUAUCUUCCAUACGAUUCUUCCCGCCAUUCUGUGAUAUACAAAGAUAAGCAUGUAAUAGUUCCGGUGGAAGGCGGAUGUGCGGCGGAUGCCGGUACUCGGGACUGGAUGGAUAAGGUUCAGUUCUCCGCCGUGGAAGAGGAGGAGGAGGAAGAAAUUUCACCCCCGACGCCGAUAAGUCCAGCCGCCUUAAAACAAAGUAUUAAUAACGGCGGAGAAGACCUGGCUCUGCCCCGGGACCCGAGCCCUGAGUAUAAGUGGACCGCCUCUGCCAAUCGUGUAAAGAGGCGGGCCCUGAAACCUCCAAGCAACAAAAAAACUUGUUCUUUAUUCAUACAAACAGAUCCGCUCCUAUGGAACCAUAUUUGGGCCCAGGAACGAAUUCGUUUGCAAGAUAAACCGAAUGCUGAUGUUGAUGCAAAGACUCAAGAAGAAAUAUUAUCUCUCAUAGCACAACAUGUUAAGGCUGUGAAUAAGAUAUACGGAGAUACAGAGUUCGAUGCUGGGAAAUACAGUCACACUGGGCAUACCUUCGAGGUUCAGAGAAUCAAGAUCUAUAAUAGCUCAGAUUGUACAGGAAGUCCUAGAAAUGAGACGAAUCCGUUCUGUUUAUCCAACAUUGAUGUCUCCAACUUCUUAAACCUUCAUAGUAAAGAAAACCAUCAACAUUUUUGCCUGGCUUAUGUUUUUACCUACAGGGACUUUACUGGAGGUACUCUUGGUUUAGCCUGGGUGGCUAGCGCCAGUGGCGCCAGCGGCGGAAUUUGUGAGAAGUACAAAACUUACGCGGAAAACAUUAAUGGUAUUCAUCAUAAGGCAAAGCGAAGUCUUAAUACAGGAAUUAUCACUUUUGUGAAUUACAAUUCCCGUGUACCUCCGAAAGUUUCCCAAUUAACCCUGGCCCAUGAGAUCGGGCACAAUUUCGGGUCCCCUCACGACUAUCCUCAGGAGUGUAGACCAGGUGGUGGAAGAGGAAACUACAUAAUGUUUGCGAGCGCUACAUCUGGAGAUAGAGAUAAUAACAAUAAAUUCUCCGCCUGUUCUAUACAGAAUAUAUCAGCUGUUCUGGACGCCCUGGUGGAUGAACGGAAAACCAACUGCUUCGAGGAAAGUGAUGGAGCUUUCUGUGGGAACAAGAUCGUGGAGGAAGGGGAGGAAUGUGAUUGUGGGUUUGAUGAGAUCGAGUGCACUGAACAGUGCUGCCACCCCCGGAUGAAUUCGUCCCUAAGUGAAGCAGAAAACAAGAUAAACCGUUGUACAAGAAAGCUUGGUGUACAGUGCUCACCAAGCCAGGGGAAAUGUUGUACAAACACCUGUCAGUUUGUACCGUCCUCAGACCGUGUACAGUGCCAGGGUAUGCGGGACUGUACGGAACCAUCAUUCUGUAAGGGAGAUCAGGCCACGUGUCCUAAACCAAAGAAUAAGAUAGAUAACGAGACUGAAUGCAAUGAAGGCACAAAGGUCUGCCAGGCAGGAGAAUGCAAGGGCAGCAUCUGCCUUAAAUACGGGAUGGACCAGUGUUUCCUGUCCUCUAAGAAUGAGCACAGUACAAGAUCUCUGUGUGAUCUGGCUUGUAUGAGUCGAGGGGUGAAUAAAACCUGCAAAUCUACAACAGAAUGGGCUCUAACCGGUGAAAUAACGGGAUUAACCGAGGGUAUGACAUUACGACCAGGAUCUCCUUGUGAUAACUUCCAAGGAUACUGCGAUGUUUUCUUCAAAUGUAGACAGGUUGAUGCUGAGGGACCCCUGGUUCGGUUGAAAAAUCUUCUGUUCAAUCAAGAAACCCUGCUCACCAUAGCACAGUGGGUUACGACCUACUGGUAUGCUGUCCUACUCAUGGGAAUGGGAUUUGUAAUAUUCAUGGCUCUCUUCAUUAAAUGCUUUGCAGCUCACACUCCUUCCAGCAAUCCAAAAAUGCCAAAGAAUAAACAUAUAACGGAGACUCUAAGACACCCGAUGAAUACUCUUCGACGCAAGAGAUACCAGCAGCCCCCUGGUACAGCUAACAGUGCUGUUCCACAAGUAGCUGCUCCUCCUCCUGAACGUGGUGCUCCACCUCCCUACUCUGGAGCACCUCCUGGUGGUCCUGGACAUGGGUAUGGAGAGGGCCGAGGGCACUAUAACAGGAGUAGAGGAGGAGCUGGAGGAGCUGCUGGAGGUGGAGGGGAGAGAGGAGGUAGUGGUGGUGGACGAGGUGGAGAUAGAAGGAGCUGGGCUCCAAAUCAGAUACAGGCAGGAAAUAGACAGAGUAGGAUAGAGAUGAAUCCUAUCUCAAGAUAAUUAGAUACAAGAAUACAGAUGCAAUACAGUAUACACUCAUCCUUCUUCUAAUACAUCUUAGCACUAGGGUGUAAUUUUAGAACAAUUAAACCCAUUGUUGACUCAUCAGGAAUAGAGAUAGACAUCGUUUUUA